AUGGCAGGCAGGCGUCCGCGCGUACCUUUCGCAGGCGUACGGUGCAGAGCGGUUCGAACGCAUCUGCGCGGCGCUAAGCCGUCCCCCCCUGUCAGUGUGUCUGCGCGUGAACCCCCUCCGCACAACCACCGGAGAUGCGCUGCUGGCUCUUGCUGGCGCGCUGGGGCUGGAUUCAGGGAGAGGGGAAGGGGGGGAAGAGAGGGAGGGGGAGGGGGACCAGGAGGGGAUACGGCGGCAAUUCUUAGCAGGGAUGGAACGUGGGGAGGGGAGCGAGCGGAGGAGGGGAAGCGAGAAAUGGUGGAUGCCAGUGCUGCUAAUGAUGCUGAUUGUGACUGUGACGCGGGGAACGUGGCGGCAGCUCGCUUGGUGUGCAGGGAGCACCCUCUUGUACCGGGUGUGAUUAUAGUGGAGGGCACGGGCCCUCACAGAGUGUCGUAUGAGGCAACGGAGCAGAGCAAGGGCAGCUGCAGUGGUGGCGGCGGCGGUGGGGAUGGGGAUGAGAAUGGGCGUGUUGAGGAAGUGGAGAGACGGGCGGAGGGGGAGGGAGCGGAGGGGGAGAAGGGGAAUGAGUGGAGGGAUGGGAGGAAUGGGAGGGAGGGGAAGGAGGGGAAGGAGGGGAAGGAGGGCGAGAUUGGCGAGGGCAGUGGGAGGGAGUCGGAGGGGAGGAUGGAGCGGAUGAAGCAGGUGGUGGUGAGCAGGAAGUGCGGCGAGGCUGUGCUGCGCGGGGCCAAUGUGAGUGAGUAA